CAAAUCAGGCAAGUUGACAACAAAAGACAUUUCCUAGCAAGAAUUAAUUGUGCCUCGAUGAUAUCGUGCUUUCAAAAUUUGGCCUUCAUUCCAAAGGAGUGACCGUACUGGCCCCCAAAAAAAUUCAAUUAAUUGUGUUUUCUGUAAAUUAUGAAGAGACGGAAUGUGGAGUGUGGUAAAAUUAGACGUUCGGUUAAGCGGAACAAAAUUACUGAAGGGAUUUACGGAAGUACGUUGCUGUACUUGAAAUUCUUAUUACUAUGGUUGUUAGUGAUAUUAGCAGAUUUCUUGUUGGAAUUCCGCUUUGAGUUCCUUUGGCCAUUUUGGUUAUUAGUACGCUCUGUCUACGAUUCUUAUAAAUAUCAAGGAUUGGCAUUUUCAGUGUUUUUUGUGUGUAUAGCUCUUACUUCAGAUAUGGUGUGCUUUUUUUUCAUCCCAGUUCACUGGCUUUUUUUCGCUGCCAGUACUUAUGUCUGGGUUCAAUAUGUUUGGCACACAGAUAAAGGUAUAUGUUUACCGACAAUCAUAUUAUGGAUGUUAUUUGUUUAUUUGGAAGCUGCGGUCCGUUUAAAGGAUUUAAGACAUCUUCCAUUUCAUCUUGAUCUCUGUAGACCAUUUGCAGCUCAUUGCAUUGGAUAUCCUGUAGUUACAUUAGGUUUUGGUUUUAAGUCAUACGUUGGUUACCGAAUACGACAACGUAAGCAAAAAGAUGUCGCAAAAGAGAAUGAAUUUUACGCACAGUUAUUACAGCAAGCUUUACCUGUUGACUCACAUACAACUACAUCAAAUGGUACACAACAAUGUAUGCCUGGAACAAAUCAAACAGAAAUUGUUACACAACCAGUAACAACAACAACCACAACAGUGACGUCAUCAAAAAGUACGACACAACAUACGAACAGACAGCAUAAUAAUAGUACACAAAAUAUAGAUAAAUGGAAAAAUACAACGGAAAUAUCACAACAAAAUGGUGGUAUUUUGGUUAAUCAUUGUAUACAAAAUGGUACAAUACCACACAAUACAAAAAAUAAUCACAGAAAAUCUGUGGAUAAAGUAAAUAAUACAUCGUCCGCAGCAUCGCCCACAUCAUUAGCAGAUAAUAGAAAUAAAUAUGUACAUUUAAAUGGUGGUACAACCCAAACGUCAUCACCGAUAAAUAAUGACAUCAGUAGUCAAGAGUACACAACUACAGAUCAACAAACAUCAACAACAAUGUCACGUAGUGAUGAACUAUUUGAUGAUACAACAAAUACAAUCACAACAAACAAUGACAACAAUAUUAUAGAAAAAGAGAGAAAAACAACAACAACAUGUAAUAAUUUUAAUAAUAAAACAACAAAUAAAUGUGAUAAUAAAAACUCACAAAAGAAAAAUAAACAUAAUAAUAAUAAUAAUAACAAUAAAGAGAAUAAUGAUAAAGAUGGCAGCACGAAUAUUAAUAAUAAUAAUAAUGAAUAUGUACAAAGAUUGGAAUGGGAUUUAAAACGAUUACGUAAUGAAUUACAAACAAGUCGAAAUAAUGAACAGGAGUUACGUACACAAAUUAAUACGUUCACAUCAACAGAGAAAUGUUUACGAUUAGAAGUAUCACAAUUACAGCGUGAUAAUGAAGAAUUACAAAAUAAAAUACAAGUUAUAACAGGUGCUCGUCAAGCAGAAAGACAAGCAUUAGAAAGACGUGCGGGUGAAGAGAGAAGAGCACGUGCAGCAGUAGAAGCACAAUUAGCGCAUGAACGUCGUUCUCAACAACAGCGACGUCAUGAGGAACAACAAGCACAACAGCAUAAUAAAAGUGAAUGCACAGAACAAUGUAAAUCAAGACGUCGUGAGCUUGAAUGUGAAGCACGUGAUUUACGCAGUGCGUUACGUACAGCAGAAGAACGUUUGAGUAGUAAUGAGCGUGAACGUUCAGCGGCGGUACAACAACAGCACGAUGCUGAUAUUCUAAUGUCUGCAUUAUCUGCAAUGCAAGAUAAAAAUCAACAUUUAGAAGAUUCACUCAGUGCUGAAACACGUAUUAAAUUAGAUUUGUUCAGUGCACUUGGUGAAGCCAAACGGCAAUUGGAAAUUCGAGACAAUUUAAUACGAUGUCAAGAAAAAGAGAUCGAUGAAUUAAAGUCAAAAAUAGCACAAGUUUUAGCAGUAAUGCCAAAUGAUACAUUUGGUAGUCCAACUCCAAGUUCAGUAUCAAGUCGUGUACGAUUAGCAGAAACUCCACCAUGUCAAGCGGUAGUCAACGUACAGUCACAUCCAGUUCCAACCAGCCAAUUAGAUCCUAAUGCCACAGCCUAUACUCCUAAAAACAGUCUUGUAGCGGGAACAGAAGCGUGAAUUGUUUGAGGAAUAUUACUUAACAUGUUCACGAAGGCGUUUUACUGUAUAUGAUUUUCAACCUUCGAAGGAAAAAUUUUUUUGUUUAUAUACUGCAGAGAACGGUGAUUUUAAAUGCGUAUAAUUUUAUUUUUUGAUUUUCGAUAUCGACUUAAUAAUCACCUGUAUAAUCCGUAUUAUAUUUAAACAUUAUAAAUAUUGUAUUUAUUUAUUUAUUAUUCUUUUUUAAUUUGUCGUAGAAA